AUGCCUGGCAUCGAUCCCCAGAUCAUCUGCCAUCGCUUACACGUCAACCCAGCCAUCAAACCUGUAGCGCAGAAGAGACGUAACUUCGCCCCCGAGCGGGUUGCCAUCAUUGAAAUCGAGAUCGAUAAGCUUCUAGCUGCUGGUUUCAUCGAAGAAGUCUCCUACGCAGAAUGGCUGGCGAACAUUGUUCUAGUGGCAAAAAAAGAUAAAGGUCUGUGGAGAGUGUGCGUCGACUACACCGACCUCAACAAGGCAUGCCCUAAAGACAACUUUCCACUGCCUAGAAUUGAUCAGCUCGUCGAUUCAACUUCCGACGGAGCAUCAAAUCAUAAAGGAUCAGGGGCAGGCGUCGUCAUAAUCACCCCAGACGGAACCUUGUUGGAACAAGCCAUCACACUAGGCUUUUCUGCGUCAAACAACGAGGCAGAAUAUGAGGCAUUGCUCGCAGGACUGCGCCUAGCAAAAGAAUUGACGAUCAAGAGAUUAGCCAUCUACUCAGACUCCCAGCUGAUCACGAAUCAAGCCUCAGAGAACACUCAUGCAGAUGCGUUGGCAAGCCUAGGAUCAGCGCUGGACAGCCAGUUCAGACGCUCCAUCCCAGUCGAACACCUUGACCGACCAAGCAUCGAUGAAAUAAAGCCAAUCGACUCAAUGCAGAUCGAUGAGGACCCCAGCUGGCAAGACACCAUCAUCGACUACUUGGUGAAUGGAAAUCUGCCAAUGGAUAAGUCCGAAGCUAGGAAGGUCCAACAGAAAGCCGCGAGAUAUUACAUGCAGGGCGACAAGCUCAUUCGCAGAUCAUACUCCGGCCCUCAUCUCACUUGCAUAAAGUACCCUCAAACACUUGAGGUCCUUUGCAAAAUUCAUGACGGCGAGUGUGGCAACCACUCUGGGGGCAGGUCACUCGCCCAGAAGGCCCUAAACGUAGGCUAUUUCUGGCCUACUAUGCGCCAUGACUCUACUGAAUAUGUCAAAAGAUGUGAUCGCUGCCAACGGUACAAACCAGUUCCUAAUCUGCCUGCCGAAGUCUACCAUCCGCAGAACAUCACCGACAAUGGCUCGCAAUUCAUCGGCAAGCAGAUCACUGCCUUCUACAAAAAGUACGGCAUCAAGCAGCAUUUAUCUACUCCAAGAUAUCCUCAAGGCAACGGCCAGGCCGAGGCAUCCAAUAAAAUAAUAUUGGACUGUCUAAAGAAGAGAUUAGAAGGCGCCGAAGGAAAAUGGGUAGAUGAGCUCCCUGGCGUACUAUGGGCUUAUCGCACCACCAAGCGAAGAUCAACUGGCGAAACCCCGUUUUCCCUCGCCUAUGGAACUGAAGCGAUCAUUCCUCCUCACAUCACUGUCCCCUCAAUAGGCAUCGAAGUGGGCAGUAUUGAGCAGAACUCCGAGCAGAUGAGACUCAACCUUGACUUACUUGAAGGCGAGCGCGAGAAGGCCAUUGUCCGGGUCGCCUCCUAUCAACAGCGGUUGAAGUCUUACUACGAUAAAAGAGCCAAGAUCAGACAGUUUCAACCAGGCGACCUUGUGCUAAGAAAGGCCUUCAUCACUGCACAAAGACAAGGGUCCAAAAAGAUGAAACCCAAUUGGGAAGGCCCUUACAUAAUCAGCCGGUCCGGGGGCAGAGGAAGCUAUACGCUUGACACCAUGGAAGGGAAGGAGAUUCCGCGACAAUGGAACGCCUACCAUCUCCAAAGAUAUUAUCCAUGA